AUGAGUGUUAAUGAUGAUAAUACAAACAAACCAAUCAAUGAAGAUUUCUUUAAUACAUUCAUAUCAUCAUAUCAACCUGCUUUAACAAGUACUAGAGUUGAUCCAAGAAAAAGUCUUGAUAGUUUUGAUGAUGAAAAACAAGCAACUCAAUUACCUUUGAUUAAAGAAUUAAAUAAAGUACUUCAUAUCACUACUAGUAAAAGUGUUGAGCAUCUCGUUUAUAAUGAAAGAAUACCAUUAUUAGCACAAAGUUUUCCAUAUCAACCACCAUACCAACCUCAAAUAGAAAUGAUGAACUCAAUCCAACAAGCAGUAAAAGAAGGAAAACAUUUAUUAAUGGAAAGUCCAACAGGAACAGGAAAAACAUUAGUAUUAUUACAUUCAACAUUAACUUUUCCAGACAUGAGAAUUGUUUAUGCUUCAAGGACUCAUAGUCAGUUGGCUCAAGUUGUGAAUGAAACAAAGAAAAUUGGAGAUAUAAAAGGAAUUGUGUUAGCUUCAAGAGACUUGUAUUGUAUUUAUAAUCCAAUUAGGAUAUGUGAUGAUAAAAAUUAUUGGUGCACAGCAAAACCAAAUGUAUUAGAAACAUUAAAACAUAUUAAGCCAUGUCCUUAUAGACCAUUUGGAAAUGAUGGAAAAGUAUUACCUAAUGUUGUUAUGGCAUGUCAAGCAGUUUAUAAAGAAUUAAAUGGAGUUAUUAAAAUACAAGAUGAUCUUGUUAAAGUAUGUCAGAAACAUAAUCUAUGCCCUUAUUAUUAUUCAAGAUGGGCAACAAAAAGAAGUAAACUAAUACUAUGUCCAUAUAAUUUUGUUACUAGCGUUAGUAUUCGGCACUCGUCUGAUAUUUUUCUUAUUGAUGAGAAUGAUAUUCAUCGGCAUGAGUUUGUUUUAGUUAUGGAUGAAGCACAUAAUGUAGAAGAUGCGUUUAUGGAUUCGUUAACAUUUACCUUUACUGAAACAUUAUUAAAUCGAACUAUCGAAACAAUUCAAUUUCAUCAAAAAAGAAUCAAACAAACUCCAGAAAAUUUUCGUUCAUUUUCUCUUCUAGGAGAACUUAUUUCCACUAUAGAAAGUUUCUCUAUUUGGAUGGAAAAUAGGUCGUUGCCAUUUAAAGAUUCAGAACAAUGUCUAUAUGGAGUAUUUGAAGACCAAGCAUUUUUACCUUUUAUUGAACGAUCACCAUCAUCAACAAGAUUGACAGAAGCAAUAUUUGAGUACAUAAAAUUAGUAGAUAACCUAGAUGAUCUUAUACAAGAACCUCAUUUAAUAAGAUAUGUCAAUCCUUUUACUACUCAAUAUAUAGAAAUGGUUCUUUUUUAUAUACAAGUAUUUAGAACACCUAAACUAACUAAAUUUUUUAAAAUUAUUAUAACUGAACGUAAUGAUUUAAGAGAAAUGUUGUUUAGAUGUCUUUCACCAUCUUUACCAAUGUCAUUAUUACAAAGAGAGGUUAGGUCAGUUAUAUUCGCUUCAGGAACAUUAAGCCCAAUGAAAGCUAUGGCACAAGAAUUAAAUAUAAAAGAACAUUUAUACAAAAAUAUCAUUAUUUCUCCUGGUUAUCGGAUGCUUUCAACACAACACGUUGUACCACCAAGUCAUGUAUUUGGAAGAGUUAUUGGUUCAAGUUCAUUUGGAAAGUCAUUUAUUUUUACUAAGAAAACGAGUCAAGACAAUGAAAUGAUAGAACAAGCUGGGAAUACUAUGUUUCGAGUUUUAAGUAAAAGUCCUGGAGGUGGGUUAGUUUUUUUUGCUAGUUAUAGUAUGUUAAAUCGAGUAGUAGAGUUAUGGAAACAACAAGGAGUGUAUACACAACUAAAUAAGCUUAAAGCAAUUUUUAUUGAAUCAAAAGAUAAAAAUGAAUUCAAAAAAGAUUUCAAAGAAUACCAAAUACUAUCAAAAACAGGUGCUGUGUUUUUGGGUGUGUUUAGAGGAAAAUUAAGUGAAGGAAUUGAUUUUGGAGAUGACAUGGCAAGAGUUGUUAUUAUUGUUGGUAUCCCUUAUCCAUCAUUAGGAGAUAUUAAUGUUAAUUUAAAGAGAGAUUAUAAUAAUCAAGAAAACCUUAAAAAUCCUGAUUGUCUUAGUGGAAGUGAAUGGUAUUCAAUUCAAGCAUUAAGAGCAGUUAAUCAAGCUGUAGGUAGAGUAAUUAGACACAUUAAUGAUUAUGGAGCAUUUUUAUUAUUAGAUAAACGAUAUUCAACAAAUCCAGUAAAAGAAAUGUUAUCUGGAUGGAUGAAAAAAUCACUUGUAAUUGCAGACAAAAAUUGGGAACAAGAUUUAUAUAAUUUUUUUGUUCAAUUUAGUCAAUCCCCAUCCAUUAAAAAUGAAUCUCAAAAAGUACAAGAAAUCAAAAAAGAAUCACUUGUAAAGUGUAAAAUCAAAAGUGAAGAAUUAAAUAAAGAAAAUCAAAUGGUUGAAAGUAAAAUGUCCAAUGGCAAAGUUAUUCGUAUCCCUACUAGAAAAACAUCUCUUAGUAUGAAACAAAAUUAUUCAUUUCCUCAAUUUAGAACUACUGCACCAACUCAACCUAAUAACAACUCGACUAAAGAUGUGUUUACUAGUCAAAUGAUUCUUCAAAAUAAACCUGACCCUAUUAUUAUCAGAACGUUCAAUAUUAAAACAAACUCAAAACCUGUAAAAGAUAACCAUAUUGUUGACGCUAUUCCCCCUCAACGAAUGAGCUUAGAAUCAACAGAAAGUCAACCAAGUUAUAAAAGAAUUUUAGAUAUUCCUCAAGAUUUGGACCCUGUUGAUGCAAUGGUAAUGACACCUACAUUUACUAAAAAACAACUAAACCAACCUCAUCAAGGGGUUACCGAACAACCUCCUAAAGAAGUUCAGUUGAGAAGAAUGUCAAUAGAAACUGAGGGUCAAUGGCAUUCGUUAGAUCUCAAUAUAGAAGAUGACCAAUCCUUCAUUAAAAGAACUAAUACUCCACCGUUGUGCUAUAAAAGAAGAUUGUCAGAAAUAAUUUCUGUUGAUGAAGAUUCACCAAAACAAGUUAUAACAAUUGCAUCCAGUGAAUCAAGUAUUCAAUACUUUGAUCCAAAUGAUGAACCAGAAAUUGUAGAAAUUAAGAAAGAAUCUUCUGAAUAA